GCACUAUUCUAUCUUACUCAAUCGCCGCGGACCCCACCAGGAUUUUUUUGAGAUGGAGACAGGAACAGGAAUAGUGCUGCUACUUAUGCUGUACACAGCAUGUGGAGCUGCUGUUGAAGUCAUCUCGGUAAAUGGCGUUAAACCUCCAAAGUCUUCCCCUGAUAUGUCUGGUUCGAGUGCUUCGUUCUCCAUGCCAGUGCAAUAUUCAAUGGCAGCACCGGCACUCGCUUCCGCUCAGAGAGCUGCAGCCUCCUUGACAUCGGCCGCACCAUCUUACGAGAUAAUCAGUACAACGCAGCGACCCACGUCUCCACCAUCACACACUGAUUGGAUUCCAAAACCAUUUAUCCAGCGUUCGAAGCCUCUCCAAGAUUAUGGCAGUCAACUACUCAACUCAAGACUACCAUAUAAUCGUAGAAUAUCAUUUUCUGCAGGGUAUGCCGCGUCUGAGCCACACUUCGAAUCCGACAAUGAAUAUGGACCUCAGUACCACUAUAAAUCUCCGACAUAUUCCUCAUUUCAACACUUUCAGCCUCCAAAUAUUCACCAAUCAUAUCCAUCCACAUAUGAGUCAUAUAUAUCAUACACACCACCACCAUCGUAUCAGCAGUACCACCAACAUUCUGCUUACUCCAAGCCAUAUUUAUUCAAACAUUUAAGUCAUUACAACCCUCAUGCUCACGAUUUGCUAGAUUUCCCAAUAUAUUCACAUAAAGGAGGUCUGGGCGACAGCUCAAGCUCUUAUUAUAAACUCAUGUUUCCUCUAGCUCUUCUGGGACUCGGCAUCCCGGCUAUUGGAUUAAUGUAUACAUACCUAAGUCGAAGACGUCGGCGCGAUUUGAAUUCAGAUUUUCAUCCAACUCCUGAUGACCUGCGGUAUUAUCUGAACAUUUUACAAACUGGCCUUCAGCGCUUCCAGGAAACUGUGGAUAAUGAAGGAAUUAUAAAACAGUAUCCUUAGCGCUUUCAACAGAGGCAUUGUAAGAAUCAGGAUGUAAGAACCAUGAUCAACGUGCUUGAAGAAACAUCAUGUAUAAAGUGAAACUAAUUACGAAGGUUUUAAUAAGAUUAUAUGAAAUUGAUUUGGCAGUGAAGAUAUACUCCAUGUAAUCUGUUAAAAGUCCACCGACAAUUCAGAGGAACAUGUUGCCUCCAUUAUCAGAGUUGAA